AUGCCCGAUUUCAUAGACCUCAUAUCCUCCGACCCGCCUGUUCCGCCAAGCCGUCAGCCGAAAUUGACACAGCCAGAGCUUCCGUCGCGGCGGCCAUCCCACCACCCUAUAAUCUCCUCUGACCCGUUUGAUACCUCGCUGUUCGAUUAUGAAUUGGACAAGCCUGCUAAAAGGAGAAGAGUGAGCGAAGAACCGGUUUCAGCGCCACAAAUUGCACCGCAAAAAGAGGCAAAAUCUGCUGUGGCGGAGUCUUGGUUUCAAAUCUCCGACGAUGAUUUUGACCUGCCGCCGCCAAAGGUGUUGACCCAAAACAAACUGACCCAGUCGCGCGUUAACGAGUCGGAUCCAAUCGCCUUUACCUCUCCUGGUCCAGGCUCUCUGUCUAAACCGGCUGCAUUGCGCAAACCGAGUUCUAUGACUUCGGAUAUCCUCGCGCUUGACGACGACGACGAAUUUAUGGACUUGACCAAACUUCCACCGUCAAGCUUCCGAGGGCGUAGCGAUAUUGAGGAAUUCAGCGACCCUUUUGCGCUACCGGAGUUUGCUGAUCUGCUGGCAAAGCCUCCACCAGAGCCAACUGCUUCGAAACCGAUAUUCUCUGAAAGCACAGCUCGCUUACUGGCUCGCCUUAGAGAAGAGGAAAAAUGCGACACCAGCCUUUCAAACUUCGGAGCACGAAAACAGAAGGGUUCUAGUAUUGAAGACAUAGCUGUAGAGUUAAUCUCCGACGACCUCGAUGAACCUGCCGCCCCCCGGAAGACAGCAAAAAAGGCAAGCAAGGUCGAUCCCGCAGCAAAAGAAGCAAAGGCCAAAGCUCGAGAGCAAGCUAAGUUGCAACGAGAGCAAGAGAAGCAGCUUGAAAAAGACCGCAAACUGCAGCUCAAAGAAGAGAAAGCGAAAGAGAAACAGCGCGCUGCUGAUAUUGCAAACGUCAACAAGCUCAAGGUGAACAAAAAAGACUCCACGCCCGAGAUGAUUAUCGACAUGGCCACAUCUCUAGAAGACACCAGCGUGGGCACCCAAACCAUUGAAUUCAUGAAACGACUCGGCGUCCAAUCAACAUUCUUCCCAAGCCCAAUUCCGAACGUAGUCAAAUGGCGCCGCAAAAUGAACGCCACAUACAACAAAACACUCCGCCACUGGGAACCAUGUCCAUCCUUCAUCCAAACAGAAAACCAUGUCCUGUGCCUCGUCCCAGCACAAGAAUUCAUCAACAUGGUAACCCCGUCACCAGACGGCACAGAAAGAGAAACCCUCGAAAUCCACGUCCUGCGCGUCAAAUCCGCCUAUCCAAACAGCAAACCCAUCUACCUAAUCGAAGGCCUGACAGCUCUAAUGCGUAAAAACACAAACGCCCGCAAUAGAGCCUUCCAAGCCCAAGUCCUACGACAAAUGGCAGAACCAGCGCCCGAGCCAGAAAACACUCGCAAAGGCAGAAAACCAAAGAAAAAGACAGAGGCCCCUAUCAUCGACGACGAAACUGUCGAGGACGCCCUCCUCCAACUACAAGUCGCCCACUCUUGUCUUAUCCACCACACUACCGCGCCGCCGGAUUCUGCGGAGUGGAUCAAGAAUUUCACCGAACAUAUCUCUACUGUGCCGUACCGGCGUGAGCGGCAGGAGGCGCAGACUGCGGCAUUUUGUAUGGAUACCGGGCAGGUGAAGACUGGUAUCGAUAAGCAUGAUACUUUCAUCAAGAUGUUACAGGAAGUUAAUCGCGUUACGGCGCCGAUGGCGUACGGCAUUGCAGGUCAGUAUCCCUGCGUCACGGAUUUGGCGCGUGGCAUGCGCAUUCAUGGUGCUAUGAUGCUGGAGGAUAUCAAGGUUUGUUCUACCUCUUGA